AUGUCUCAGGAUACUAGAUUUAACAACAACACUUACCCUGGCCAGGAAUCCACCAGCAACAAUGUCCCACCCUCAACUUCCAGCCUUGGACAGACCAUCUCUCAUUCUACUUCCAGAUCAAACAAUAUUUACAACAAUCAGCAAUCAGCCCAUUCAUUCACCAGAAAUCCAGACACUCACUUCCUAGACAAGGAGCCAGUUUUACCCAGGUACAAAGGAACCAGCACUAGAUCAGUCAAAAUCAAGCCCAUGGAUAAGGAACUUUUCUUUGAUGGAACCAACAUGCCUGUGGAAAAAUUUAUCAAGAGGUAUGAGAAUGCUGGGUUAGCUGAUGAUGCUUCUGCUCAAGAUUUGGCCAGACAAAUUAUAUCUUUUAUCCAUGGAAAUGACCUCAAGGAUGAAGUGGAAGAAAUGACUGGCCAUGAGGACUCAGACUGGGAACUUUUGAAGGCACAACUACUCAACAGGUUUGGAUCCUCUCUUCCUUUGGUCAAAUACUCUAGGCAGGACUUGAAGAAAUUGGUCAACAAUGCAAUCCAAGCUGGAGGAAUCAAGACUCUGGAGGAAUUCAAGAAUUUCAGGACCAAAUUUGAAUCAGUUACCACAUAUCUCUUCAGGAUGGGAUACUCUAAUAGCUUGGAGGAAUUCAGGGAACUCUUACUGGAAUCUCUCAACUCUGACUUGGAAACCUCAGUUACUAGGGAACUCAUUAGGGACAACAAGAUGCUCUCUUCCAUGGAUGGUGGGGAUAUUCUUCCAGAUACUCAAAUUCUGUUGACCUACAUACACAGGGAGGUUCAGUCAGCAUCAGUUAUGGACAGAAGAAAACUGCACAGGAUGGAACCUACUAAGAACUUGGACAACUCAACCUAUACCACCAAGAAUCUUCCCCAAGGCCCCAAUGUAACCACUCCAGCCAGUUCCCACGAAUUGGAACAAAAGCUUGAAGAAAUUACCAGAAAAUUUGAAGCUCAUUACUCUGGAAAAAUCAACUCAACUCAUCCUUCUGGACCAGCUCCUUCUCAGUCAUCUUCACCAGCUCCUAGAAAAUCAGAAUUCAAAUGUUAUUAUUGCUUUCUCAAAGGCCAUGGCACCAGAAAAUGCAACUCAGUACUUUAUGAUGAAUCCAUUGGGGCAGUAACCAGGGAUGGAAAAUUAUUCAAGCUUCCAGACAGCACCACAAUUCCAUGGGACACUAACAGGCCAAUCAAGCAGGUGGUGGACCAAUAUUCCAGGGAUUCAGUCCAGUUAUUUUCUUCUUUUGGCCAGCUGGUGGAACUUUCUCCAGAGGAACUCAGAAUUUACAAAGCAGGCCUACAACAAAAGAACCUACCAGCCCAGGAAGAGGAAGGAAUUUCAGCUAUAGAAACAUGGACCACUCAGGAAGACGAAAAUCCCAUGGAAACAGGAAAAUCAGACUUACUCAACAUGGCCAGCUCUAGUUUCAACUCUUCUUCACCAGACCACAGCCCUUCCUCCAAUUUUCCCACUCUUCAUCCCUCUACUUCUCAAGGCAUGGAAAAAUCCCAGUACUCUGGAAUUCAGCACCUUCAACUUUCCCCCACAGAAGAACCUCUCAGGAAGUCUUCAUUUUAUACUACUUUAGCCACAGAAGACUCUGGAUCAGUAAAAGAAAUAAACCACAAGCUCGCAGUCAAUCAGGAAAACUUUCUUAGUUAUGGAGGAUUACAUACCUUGGAUUCUAAAUUACCAGAAGACUUGAAGAAUUCUCCCAACAUGGCCUUACCAUCAGAAGAUAACAAUGCAGCCAUUCUUGGACAAGUUGGAGAUAAAAUCAAAAUAACUACUCACUAUUUUAGCCCUCCUUGGCACAAGCAACUCAUUUCUCAAGAAUCAGCUCACCAGGAUCUUUUGAAAAAAGGCCCCAUGGAAAAUUUCAUCCCAGCUGAUUUGGCCUCCACACAUGGACUAAACUCAAAUCUUAUUCAAGGGACUAAGUUUUUAACUGAAGAGUUGGGCACCCUGGAAGGAAUGCUUGAAAUUUCUAGAAAGGAAAAUCACAAGAACAGAAUUCAAAAUUUAUCAGUCAACUUGGGUAGUAGAGGCCAAAACCUGAGGGGAUCAACUUUACCUUCCAGCAUAACCACCAAAAAUUCCACAGGCCAGAUCCAACUUUCCAACCUUCCUCAGCUUCCUUGUUUUUCCCAGCUGAUGAGGCCAUCAGCCAAGUUGGGGGAGGAAUCCACGGUCAAAGCCCUGGGAUUCAAUUUUUUUUGUCUUUGCAAAUCAGUUUUUGAAUCAGUUUCUAGUCAGGAUUGUGUCGAUGCAACUUUUCUACCUUGUUUUCAUCCAAUCGGCGACGGCCAUAUUCAGCAAAAUGCCGGUUACAACUUCGGUAUUGGAUGUGUUAUACCUAGAGAGGAUAAAGCCAUCGAUGUACUUAGAAAACCAUUAUACGGUUCAAAUCGGAGGAUUGCUUGGUUCGUGCAACGAUACAAUAUGGUUUCUUUAAAUCCUUUUCACAAAUCGCUUGCAGAAAACUCAAAGGAUCUAGCUUGGGUAUCGGGUGGGACAUGCUGUGAAACCCUGUGGUUUCAGAACGAAAGGAAUGAAGUCAAUAUCUCAGCGGUCAUCAUCGUCAAAAUGAAGGCCAGCGAGGCAGUUGGAGUAGCUUACUACAUUCUUAAACACAAGGUAGAUCAGUUCGCGCCGGGACAAAAGAUUUUGCCUUGUCUCCUGUCAAUCGGCAAUGGUCGUGUUCAGUACAACCUCGGCAUUGGAUAUGGGAAACCUAGAGAAGAAGAGACCAUCGAUAUGGCUAGUGCACAUGUCUACUGCUUCAACCAGGAGGAAGGACAAAUCGCGACUACUCAGCGAUGGAAGAUAGGUUUUUUUGGAAAAUUCUCAAGGACUAUUUGUUGUAGGGAGUUAGCCGGAAGGAGCGAAGUCCAGAGGAGUAAAUCGGAAGGAGCCGUUUUGGAAGCGAAGCAGUGGAAAAUGAUACAGAUUGCUAGCAUCAGGCACUCCAACUUAAGAAGACAUCAACAGGAUCGCUUGGAUCUCUUUACCAACAUCACCAUCAUGCUCGCUCUUUACCCCUUGAUUUCCCCUUUUCCGGGGUAUCGUUGUUGCACGGAUCCGCAUGACUUCGGAACUGUUUAUGGGAGGAGGGCUACCAGCAGCAACCAUAGCUCCUCAGCAAGGAAAGAUCAGACCCAUUAG